AUGCCUGCCAACGUCAGAAGCUCUAGUUCCUCUUCGCAGUCCUCCUACGAAGAGAUCUCAACCCCUGACACUGUCACAUCUGGCCCUGCCUCUUCGGCCGGAUCCGAAGACCAUGAGUAUCCUGCCAUAUCUUUCCCGGGGUAUGCAGAGAAGCCCCUGGAUGAACAACUGGAGCCUAUCGCUGUGGUUGGAAUGGGUUGUCGGCUACCUGGCGAUGUCAAGUCGGCCUCUGAAUUCUGGGAUCUCAUGAUGAGUAAGGGCACUGGCAAUACACCAAAGGUCCCUGCGUCCCGCUUCAAUAUUGACGCGCACAUCCACAAGAACAACGAUCGUCCUGGCAGCUUCGGCGUCUUGGGCGGGUACUUCUUACACGAUGAUCUUGCCGACUUUGACCCUGGUCUCUUUGGGAUAACACCUGUUGAAGCCAUGUGGAUGGAUCCUCAACAGCGGAAAUUACUCGAGGUUGUUUACGAAGCACUCGAAUCAGGUGGCAUCCCCCUGGAAAAGAUUGCCGGUACUCGUACUGCAGUCUUUGCUGCAAGCUUUACGGCAGACUGGCAACAGAUGGCCUUCAAAGAGCACUCCUUUCGACAUAGUUUGGCCGCUACGGGCGUUGAUCCGGGUAUUAUCAGCAACCGUAUCAGCCAUGUCUUCAACCUCAACGGGCCCAGUAUCAUGUGCAAUACGGCAUGUUCCUCCUCUGUCUACGCGUUGCAUAACGCUUGCAAUGCCUUGCGGAAUGGCGAGGCCGAAGGCGCUAUCGUUGGUGGUGUCAAUCUCAUCAUCACUGUUGAUCAGCAUAUGAACACUGCCAAGCUUGGUGUCUUGUCGCCGACAUCAACUUGCCAUACUUUCGACGCCAGUGCUGACGGGUACGGUCGUGCUGACGCUGUCGGCGCUGUUUAUUUGAAGCGUCUUUCAGAUGCUGUACGCGAUGGUGACCCGAUUCGGGGUGUGAUCCGUACCAGUGCGACGAACUCGAACGGCAAAGUACCCGCCGCCGGAAUCACUCAUCCUAAUCGCGACGGUCAAGCCAAUGUCAUUGCUGCCGCUUAUAAGCGCGGUGGUGAUCUCGACCCUCGCCUGACAGGCUAUUUUGAGUGCCACGGGACUGGUACCCCUGUCGGUGACCCAUUGGAAGUGAAUGCUGUGUCGAUGGCUAUGAAUCCGAACCGCCAGACAGAAGAUGACCCAUUAUGGAUAGGUGCAGUCAAGACGAACAUCGGGCACUCCGAGGCUGCGAGUGGCCUAUCCGCACUGAUCAAGGCGAUAAUGAUCGUCGAACGCGGCAUAAUUCCAGCGACACGUGGUGUCGUGAAUCCCAGCCCCGCGAUCAAGUGGGAAGAAUGGAAGGUCAAGGUACCUACCGAGGCAGUGCCCUUCCCCCGACUCCCAGUUCGUCGAGUCUCCAUCAACAGUUUUGGCUACGGUGGAACAAAUGCCCAUAUUGUUGUUGAAGGAACGGAGUCCAUGACUAGGUAUGCACCAGCAUAUGCAUUUUUUGACAAAUGGUUUUCGCAGCGCAGGUUCACCGGUCGUCGAAGAGCAUUGGAACGCAAACGCCCCUUCCUGUUGCCAUUCUCAGCCCAUGACAAGGCGACUCUCCGCCGUAACAUUGAAGCACAUGGAAAGAUUGCUCCCAAAUACAAUCUGCUUGACCUCUCCUACACUCUUGGGACCCGCCGCAGUAAUCUGCAGAGCAAGGGAUUCGCUGUUGCAAGCUACAGCAAUCUCAGUAGCACCUUCGACAACGUCAGCGAAACCUUCAGGUUCGCUGACAAGAAGAAGACUCACUCUAUCGGCUUUGUCUUCACUGGUCAAGGAGCUCAAUGGGCUCGCAUGGGUGCGGAUUUGAUGGCGUUCUCUCCUGAGUUCCUUCGCUCUAUUCGGGCCCUCGAUCUUGUUCUUGAAGAGCUUCACGAUGGCCCGGAGUGGUCCAUCGAGGAUGUGCUUUUUGAGCAUGCUGACACAUCACCCAUCAAUGAAGCCGAGUUUUCACAACCCCUCUGCACUGCCGUCCAGAUCGCCACGGUUCAGCUGUUGAACUCCUGGGGGGUUCGCCCUACUGUCACGGUCGGCCAUUCUUCGGGCGAAAUGGCAGCGGCGUACGCUGCUGGGUUGCUGUCUGCUGAAGAUGCUAUUGUUGCUGCCUAUUACCGAGGCAUUGUCGCCAAGGAUGUGAAUACUGAUGGCGCCAUGAUGGCGGUCGGCCUUGGUGGUGCGGCGGUCGAGCCUUACCUUGCAGAAGUCCAGGGUAGGGUAGUUAUUGCAUGUUAUAACUCUCCCGCGCUCGUCACUCUUUCUGGAGACUCUGAUGCUCUCGAUGAGGUCAAGAUGAAACUCAUUGCCGACGGAGUGUUUGCGCGUUCAGUCAAGACAAACGGGAAGGCCUACCACUCGCACCACAUGGCUCCUGUAUCGGUCAAGUACGAGGAGCUCGUUCGUGCUGCAAAGUCCCAACGCCAGGCCACUAUACCACUAGCUACUUCGGCCAGAAUGGUGUCUUCCGUCACUAACACCAUUUUGCCCACGGGUAUCACCCUUGACGAAACUUACUGGAGUGCCAAUCUCCGCAGUCCGGUACUGUUCGACCAGGCCGUCCAACAAAUUCUAAAGGCUGAAGAAUUUGCGGAUGUCGAUCUCUUGAUCGAAGUUGGUCCACACUCUGCAAUGGCAGGACCGAUCAAGCAGAUUAAAGCCGAGCUAAAGGCCGAGAAAAUCGAGUACCUGCCAACGCUACUCAGGGGCAACGAUUGCGCGACACGACUGCUUGAAGUUGCUGGUGAGCUUUUUCUACGCAACUACCCACUUUACAUGGAGAGGGUUGCGAGUUCCUAUGCCAGUGAAAUUAAUGGCGCCGGAAAGAUUGUCAAGGGGUCCACUAUCGUCGAUCUGCCCCCCUACCAGUGGAACUAUACGCGACCAUUCUGGGCUGAAACCCGCAGUAGUCAAGAACAGCGUCAACCUAAAUUCCCUCGACAUGAUCUGCUCGGUCAGCGUGUUAUUGGAGGCUCAUUGGCAGAGCCAACCUGGCGCAACAUCCUCCGCAUACGCGACCUCCCUUGGCUCAAGCACCACCACCUCGGCGGCGAGUCAGUCUUUCCUGCUGCUGGCUAUUUUGCCAUGGCUAUAGAGGCGAUCCGACAGAUUAACGAGCUCAGCGACUCACCUACUCUCAUUCAGAGCUAUGUGCUACGUGACGUAUCCAUCAAAACGGCGUUGGUAACACCAGAUGAUGAUGAUGGGAUCGAGGUCUUGUUCAACUUGCGACCUUCGGUUCAUGGAAGAGGCUGGUGGGAUUGGAGUGUUUCGUCAAUCGAUGGUGAAUGCGUCAAAAAAGACCAUAUGUCGGGCAGCAUCAGCCUCAACGCAAGGCCCCGAGGCAAAGCUCCUCUUGAGAUCCCGCAAUUUCCGCAGAGAGCUUCUGGUAAAGCAUGGAACCAGGCCUUGCGCGAAGUUGGAUUCGAUUACGGUACCACUUUCCAAGACAUGGAUGAUAUCCGGUUUGAUGGAAAGCGCUACCAGGCCGCCUCCUUAACCAACAUCAAGCAGGUAGUGGACGAGAACCUCGGCGAGUCCCGUUAUGUUCUUCACCCAGCAUCCAUCGAUUCAACUCUUCAGCUCUGUAUUGCCGCUAUCUAUGCGGGUCGUACUAAUGCCAUGGAAUGUGGUGUAGUGCCUGUGCAGGUUGAUGAGGUCGCUAUCUGGCCGCCUACAGAGCAGCAGCUACAGACCCGCAAGGCCAGCGCCUAUGCUGUUGUGCACCGCCGCGGUCUGCGCACAUCGCAAAGUAACGUGCAGAUGGUAGCUGAUGAUGGCGAAAUGAUCAUGGAGAUUUCGAACAUGCGCGCCACGGCCUACGAGGCAGCUGUUCCGCAAAAGGCCGAAAGCGCUCUUGAGGAUGGGCCUUACGGCGAAAUGAGCUGGGAGUUGGAUGUGGAUAUACCAGAGAAUAGAGAUGGUCUCAGCGCUUCCGAACUGGUGAACCUGGCCUUGUUCAAGAAUGCCGGCUCCAAGGUUGUGGAGCUGGGCAUCGUAAAUGCUGCAGCUGUUCUCAGCAAGAAUCCCCGCGCAUCAUACACGAUGGUGAUUACCUCCGAUGCCGACGAAGAAAAAGCUAAAGCGAUUGGUGCCACCUUCCACAAUGCGAAAGUUGUCAAACUCGAUGCCGUUUCUGAGACUUUGAAGAAAGACUCGUAUGACGUUCUCGUGGCUACUGGCGACGACCAAGCUCCGUCAGUGAUCCUAGACCUGCUGAAAUCCAACGCUUUCUCUGUCGGCGCCGGGGUUGUUAUUGCCAAAGAGUCUGGACCGGUACCAUCAUCCGAGGCAAACUCGGUUCAACUGAUCUACCGUAAUAGCCAGACUAAAAUUCUAUCCAACGUCAGGACUGCGCUGGAGGCUUUGGCUUGGAAGGUCACCAUUUCGAGCCUGACCGCUUCAGUCCACACUGAAAUUGCGAAGCAUGUAAUCGUGCUAGCCGAUUUUGAAGGCCCUCUGCUAUUCUCCCUUCAAGAGGAAGAGUUCUCCGCAAUUCAGAACAUCAUCGCCAAGACCUCGUCCCUCCUCUGGGUCAGCACUGGCGCUGUACUGGAUGGAAAGAAGCCAGAGUACGCCAUGGUUUCUGGCGUCGCCCGAGCCAUCACAUCCGAGCAAGCCUCAAUAGAUUUCCGCACCCUCGACGUCGACACUGAGAAUGUCAAUACUGCCCUCAUUGUCAAGUCCAUUGCUAGGGUCGCCACUCUACAGAUACAUAAGGCCGAGAAGCUUCCCGAGCGCGAAUUCUGUGUUUCCAACAGCAAAACUUAUAUCAGCCGACUCACGCGCAACGAUGGCCUCAAUAAAAUCUACACAUCUGCAGACAAACCAGAAUCCCACAUUUUCAUGCCCAGCGAUCGGCUCGCCGGAAAAGUAGUGAAGGGGCACGUCAUUUUCCAGCAGGCGCAAGCUUCUGACGCCAGUAUCCUUCCAGGAUACGUUGAGGUGCAGGUACAAAGCUCUGGUUUGACAAAGGAAGGCGUGCUUGCAAUUACUGGUUCUGAUUAUGCGACCACCUUUAGCCAUGAGAUUGGUGGUGUCGUGAAGGCUGUCGGAGCUGGGGUUUCUGGCUUCAAGGUCGGCGAUCGUGUUGUUGGAUUUAGCGUUAGCCGAUUCGACAGCUAUCAGCAUGUCCCAGCCACUCUGUUGCAAAAACUCGAGUAUUCAGAUGACAUGAACAAGGCUAUCAGUACCUUGAUGGCUUAUGCUGCGGCCCUGCACGGUCUCGAAACACUCGCAUCGGUCAAAGAAGGAGACAACGUCCUUGUCCUGAACAAGACGGGCUCUUCUGGUACAGCAGCCAUCAAGGUUGCGCAGCUUAAGGGUGCAGUGCCCUUUGUGGUCGUCCAGACUGAGGACGAAGCUCGCUUCCUCCAAAGCCAGUUUGAACUCGAAGCCAGACAAAUCAUCAAGCCGUCUGAUGGAGUGGUCUCGGAGCAUCUCGAGAAGCUUACCGACGGCCACGGUGCCGACGUUGUCUUCAGUGCCAGCAGUGUAGAUGCUGAAGCUGCCCAUGAAGCCUGGCGUUGCAUUGCCCGGUUCGGGCGUUUCCUCGACGGCGGCCGCAAGGACAAUCUCACUCGCAGCGUGCUGGACGGCAUUCCAGUGCAGCGGGGUGCUAGCUAUCUUCCCUUUGACAUUCUCGACCUCUAUGAGGCUCGGCCAGAGAUACUGUCCAGAAUGCUUCCCACCAUUGUUGACUAUGCUAGGCAGGGAUCUAGCUUCUGCCCCGGCGAGAUGCAUCUGGCCCAGCUUGGAAGCAUUGACAGAGCCGUGUCGGCCUUCUCAGAUGCCUUUGGCGCACCCAAGUAUGUAUUCCAAUAUCGUACAUCGGAUAUUCCACUCCAAGUGCUACCUGCGCGAAAGCAGCUCCGGUUCGACGUCGAUGCUACCUACCUACUCGUCGGAUGUCUUGGUGGCCUCGGUCGCAGUCUGGCAGGGUGGAUGAUGAAAUUGGGUGCUCGCCGUUUCACUUUCCUGUCUCGUUCGGGGGCCGAUUCCAAGUCUGCUGCCAAACUUGUCGAGGAUCUCCAGGCUGCCGGUGCUGAGAUUCAGAUCGUGAGAGGCGAUGCCACUUCUCGAAGCGAUGUUGAGCGCGCUGUUGCCGGUGUUCCUUCGCAAUACCCAAUCAAGGGUGUGAUUCAUGCCGCCAUGGUGCUCAGGGACGGCCUCUUCCACUCAAUGACCUUUGAGAGCUGGAAGCAAUCGACCCAUCCCAAAGUCGUCGGUGCACAAAAUCUCCACUCCGUGUUGGCGAAUGCGCCCCUCGACUUCUUCCUCAUGACAAGUUCUGUUUCGGGAAUUCUGGGUACCCCAGGCCAGAGCAAUUACGCAGCUGCCAAUUCCUACCUUGAUUCCUUGGCCAAGCACCGUCUCUCUCGUUCCAGCGUUGCUACCUCUCUUGUACUGCCCAUGGUUCUUGGCGUCGGUGUUGUCGCCGAGAAUGCUGAACUCGAAGAUGCCUUGAAGCGCAAAGGAAUGUACGGAGUGGACGAGGAGCACCUGCUUCAGUCCUUUGAGGCUGGUAUCCUUGGCAGCACCCUCGCCUCGGUCCCUGAUCAUAUCGUUGUAGGCUUAGACCCUGCCCAGCUGCAAAAGGCUGUGAAUGAUGCGGCUGCAACCGACAGCUUCUGGAUCGAAGAUGCCCGUUUCGGUCACGUCGUCAACGACAUUAACUCGUCUGCAGAUGAGUCGAGCGCAGGCGGGGCGGGUGGCCAAUGCAUCUUAGACGCCAUCAAGAAAGCGGCUUCCCCAGCAGAAGCCAUCUCAGCGGUCAAUGAACACUUUAUCGAGAAGCUGGCUCGCAUGCUGAUGCUCAGCGUCGAAGAUGUCGAUCCCGAGUCUGGUUCCAUCGCAUCGUAUGGCAUCGACUCGAUGAUUGGUGCCGAGCUUCGAAAUUGGAUCUUCAAGGAGUACCGCAUGGACGUACCCUUCCAGCAGCUAUUGGGCCCGACUCUGACGAUAUCCAAGUUUGCAGCCCAGGUGUGUGCCGUUCAUGCGCCCACGGAGUGA